AUGAUGGCUACCGCGGUCUCGAAGCCGACCUCGCAUACCCCGAAGAUGAAGCGACCGCCCCCACCUUUCUCCCAGGCCGGGGUCAACGGCGUCAAAGCUCAGCAGCCCUCAUCUUCACCGCCAACCGCCUCAAAACGCCCGCCGGCCAGUGUACCUGCUGGUAUGAGUCCCAAUCUGGCCAAUGGCGUGCCCAAUGUGGCGAAUCCCGCCAAGGGCCCGCUGAGCCGCACCAGGAAUCAGUCGCAAAGACCCGGUGAUCCAGCCUCGCGGAUGGGUCGGCCGGUAACGAGGACAGCGUUAAUGGAUAGUGAACGUCGUGCUGGGAAAAGGUUCCCGGAGCCAUAUGUCAAAACUACCCCUUAUAUCCUCAAGAAAUACGCAACAAGCCCCCCAUCUCUCAUUGUGCAUUUACAUCCAACGCAUUUUCGUUUCGAGCAGCAAGACGGCAGCUUUCCCUACAAUUCCGAGAUGAAGGUUAUCAUCGAACACAUUCGCACGGGGACUGUUCCACAUGAUCUCAUCGAAGAGCUUCUGCGGUCUGGUGUGCGGUUCUAUGAAGGCUGCCUCAUCGUUCGCGUGGUUGACCACAAAUCCGUGUCGGCUCAAGCCAGGAAAGCCUCCGCGUCCUCAUCCACCGAGAACAGCACGCCGUUCUCACUCCACAACUACAAUGAACAUGUUACACCAUCAGCAUUCGUUCCAUAUCCCAAACAAAACCAGCUUACAUCCGAUACACAAGGCGGGAAGCCUUCCACCCAAAAUCAAUCUGAUGACCAGACCAAUGACGAGGCUUCCGAACAAACGCAGCGCAAGAGUGCUCCUCCGAUGCCUCGAGUUUUCACCACGGUGCUCCACCCCACGGCUCAAACCCUGCAAGCAGAAUUGACCCUACUUAUUACCACACCGGAUCCGAAGGCCGCAAGAGCAUCGGCCCCUAAUCAACUAUCACACACCCAGUCUUCAUCAAUUGUCCCGCAGUCUCCGGCCAACGGGAACCAGUCUGAUCGCGAACCCCCUGCAAAAAGACAGAAGACCUUGGUCGAGCCCCAGGAUCUUCCGGAAUGCGAAUCCAAGUUGAUACGUGCAUUAGCGCCACCUCUUUUCUUGGAGCCUCUGCGAAACCUCGAAGGCACACAAGAUUUGCUGAAGUUUCUGGAAAGCCCGCUUCAUCGCGACCCGCCACCGUCGCCCAAGCGUCGCAAGCGAACCGUUGCCGAGCUUGCCGCCGAUGAGGCAUUGGCAGCUGAGGAGGAGAGAUUUAUGCUCAUCAUGGACGAGCGUCUGGAGCCUACGGCAUCUGGUACUGCUGGGGCCUCGAAGGCUGCGGCCGUGGAUGAUACGGGUGGUGUGGCACCUUUCGAGCCACGAUUCUCUCGGUUCAAGACCCUUGAGACGAUUCGCAUGCAACACGAGGAGAAUGCUAAACGAGAACACGAGAUGAAACUUAAGCAGGAGCUGGCCAAGAGGCAGCAGCAGGAGCAGGAGAAGGAGCGGCGUCAGGUAAUCGAGCAGCGGCAGGCCGAGGAGCACGCCAAAGAAGAAGCACGGAGACAGAAAAUGGCCGCGCAGCAUGCGCAGGCUCAGCUUGCCGCUCAGCAGCACAACAGGCAUGUCAUUGCUCAACCAAACGGUGUCAGCCAAGGACAGCAGUCAUCGCCUAUUGUACGCCACCAAACCCCACACAGCACUUCGUCACCGUUGGUUGGGAAUUCCAUGGCAACACAGGCGGUUCCCAUGAGUAUCACCGCAUCUCAAGGAUCGGGAAGCCCACCCCGACCUCCAUCUGCGCUGCAGCAUGCACACCCCAAUGUCAUGAGCCAUCCGAUGGCGCCUUCGAGGAGCCAGCAAGGGCCCAGUCGGCAUGGAACCCCACAGAUGGCACAUGGCACGCCAGCUGUGUCGCACGCCACCCCGAUCAUGCGAAACGUCACUCCAACCCAGCGGAUGGGUCAUGGCAGCCCCAACCACUCGAUGGCUCAGACGCCAGUCAUGAAUCAGCCCAUGGGGGCCACUCCCCAGAUGAACGGUGGCAUGGGUCUCACGCCACAGCAGCAGAUGUUGCUGCAGCAGAGACAACAGCAACUUCUCGCGCAGCAGGGGCACCUCGGACACUCGCAAUUUACGCCUCAACAGCUUGCCCAGAUGCAGGCCAAUGCCCACGCUCAGCAGAAUAUCCAGUCACAUCAGCAGCAGAUGUUGCAGGCGCAGCAGCACCAGCAGCACCCGCAACAUCAGCAAAACCAACCCGUGCAAAAAGUGCCACAGCACACCCAGCAAGCCUACCAGGCUCAGCUUAUGCGCGCUCAGUAUGCGCAGAUGCAAAUGGUCAAGCAGCAGCAAGGCCAGCAACAAAUCCAGCCGCAGGGCCAACAGAACCAGGCCCACCAUGGCAGCCCGCAGAUGACGCCUCAGCAACAGCAACAGCAGAUGCUGAUGGCAGCGGCGCAGGCCAACGGUGGGCAGGUCCCGCCCAACAUGCAGGGGGUCAAUAUUGGACAGCGAUACCACCAUCUCUACCAGCAAAGACUGCUCCGUCUACGACAGGAGAUGUCCCAGCGCUAUCUCUCGCAAUACGGGCCGCCGACACAGUAUCCACCCCAGCUGGCGCAGCAGUACGGCCCAGGACUGGAGAAGAAUGCCAAGGCAUGGAUUCAGGAUCUCAUGCGGCGCGAUCGAGAAGCUGCCCAGCAACAUCGCGUCAACCAGGCGGCUAUGCAGGCCCAACAUAUGCAACAGCAGAAUAUGAUGCACAACGGGAUGGGAAAUUGA